GAAAUAGUUCCGGCAGCAGCGAUGUCGGCGACGGGAAGGGCCGAGCGCCGAAUCCCUCCGCCGGCUGAGAGAAGUGGCCAUGGCGUCUUCACGGGUGCCGGAACAGAAAGAGCGGCCACCGACGGAGCCCCCGGAGCCCCGCGAGGCACCGGCCGGCGGCCCGGCCCCGCAGAGCGGCGGAGGCGACGGCGACCCCCGGCCCGGGAGGGGGGCGCGGGAGGAGGAGGAGGAGGGCCCCGAGCGCGGCCAGGGACCCGGCCCGGCAGAGGCGGCGGAGGAGGAUGAGGGUCUGCCCGGCCCGCCGCCCUCGGAGGAGCCCCCCCCAGGCUCCCGGCAGCGGCGGCGGUGGAGGGCCGAGGAGCUGGUGGAGGAGGUGGUGGUGCGGCGCUUCCAGUGCCGGCGGUGCUCCUUCCGCAGCGCCGCCCGGCAGACGCUCCUGCGCCACGUGCAGCGGAGGCACCUGCAGCCAGGAUGUGGGGACCCCGCCCCGAAGAGGGGCCGCCCUCGCAAGGGGGCUGCGGUGCCCAAGGAGGAGGAAGGGGGGCAGCAUCAGCAGGAGGAAGAGGAGGAGGAAGACAUCGUGGACGCCGGUGCUAUCGAUGACCCCGAAGGUGACAGCGACUACAACCCGGCGGAGGAUGAGCCCCGCGGGCGCCUGCCCAAGAUCGGUUGCCCGCUGCCCUCGUGCCCCAAGCAAGGACUGCGCCGGCGCCCCGGGAGGCCCCGCAAGUUCCCUCGCCUGGAAGGGGCCCCUCGGCCGGAAGGCGGUGAAGUGGAGCCAGCCGUCCCCUCGCCCUGUGACCCGCAGGGCUCCGAGGUGGCCAGCUCCGUCCCCCCUGGCGCCAGUCGCCUCGCGGAAGUGAGCCAGUCGGAUUCGGAGAACAGGGACCCAUCGUCCCACGGCGAGCCUGAGGCACUUCCUCGCCGACGAGGCCGGCCCUCCCAUCGGUUCCUGGGCAAGAAAUACCGCAAGUACUGCUACAAGUCCGCCAAGCCGUUGAUGCGGCCAUACCUGUGCCGGAUUUGUGGCUCCCGCUUCCUGACCCAGGAGGACCUGCGCUUCCACGUGAACUCCCACGAGGCCGGGGACCCCCAGCUCUUCCGCUGCCUGCAGUGCAGCUACCGCUCCCGGCGCUGGUCCUCGCUGAAGGAGCACAUGUUCAACCACGUGGGUCGGAAGCCCUACAAGUGUGAGGAGUGCGAUUACACCAGCGUGUACAAGAAGGACGUCAUCCGACACUCUGCUGUGCACAACCGGGACAAGAAAAAGAGACCCGACCCAGCUCCCAAGCGCAGUUCCUUCCCCUGCCCGGUCUGCGGCCGAGUCUACCCCAUGCAGAAGCGGCUCACCCAGCACAUGAAGACGCACAGCUCCGAAAAGCCCCACAUGUGCGACAAGUGCGGGAAGUCCUUCAAGAAGCGCUACACCUUCAAGAUGCACCUGCUGACCCACAUCCAGGCGGUGGCCAACCACAGGUUCAAGUGCGAGUUCUGCGACCACGUGUGCGAGGACAAGAAGCUGCUCCUCAACCACCAGCUGCUCCACAUCAACGACCGCCCCUUCCGGUGCAACCUCUGCCCCUACGCCACUGUCCGCGAGGACUUCCUGCUCUCCCACGUGGCCGUCAAGCACACAGGCGGGAAGCCCUUCGGCUGCGAGCUCUGCCACUUCUCCACCAAGCACAAGAAGAACCUGCGCCUGCACGUCCAGAGCCGGCACCCGGGGGCCUUUGAGGAGUGGGAGCAGCAGCACCCGGAGGAGGGGCCCUGCCGCCGGCGCCCCUUCUUCACCCUUCAGCAGAUCGAGGAGCUGAAGCAGCAGCACGGCCUGGCCCAGACGCCCCCCGAGGGCCCCCCGCCCGUGGCCUCCCCCCAGGGGCAAGGACCCCCCGACCCUUCCCAGGAGCCCUUGCAGAGCGCCAUCCUUCUCUUCGAGUCAGAGGUGGAGAGCUCCACAGAGGUGACCACGCAAACCGCCCUGGACCUCCUGCUGAACAUGCGCGGCCAGCGGGAGCUGCCGGCCAGUGCCCUGGAGGUGGCCGUGGUGAAGGCGGUGAAGAAGCCCCCGGAGACCCAGGGCCAGGACAAGGAGCUGCAGGCCAGCCUCCUGACCGCCCAGGGGGUGGAGCAGAGGGAGCCCCCCCUCCCGCCCUCCCCGGGUGCCCCUGAGGUCCAGCACAUCGCCGUGCCCUUCUGCGGCGCCUCCGAGUACAGGGUGGUCACCCCCAGGGCAGAGGUUGCCGGCACGCUGCACAGUAAGGAGGAGGCCCCUGGCGAAACCGUGCAGACGGCGACCCAGGACUCCCCGAAGGGCCCUGCGCUCCUAGAGGGGCCCCAGCAGCAGCAGCAGGAGCCCCCAGCCCCUCCUGGGGAGAUCAGUGUGGAGCCCCUGCCGGCCGUCCAGUGGCCGGUGGUGCGCUGCCUGGCCUGGCAGGCCCCGGAGCAGCAGGAGCCGGAGGCCGGCGCGAUCCCUCUGGUCCUGGCGGAGCAGCCCUCGCGCAAGGCCCCCCCGGCCAAGAAGUUCUCCUGCAAGAUCUGCAGCGCCUCCUUCGCGGGCCGGGCGGAGAUGGAGAGCCACAAGAGGGCCCACGUGGGGCCCAGCGGGUUCAAGUGCCCUGACUGCCCCUUCACGGCCGCCGCCUGGCCGGAGGUCCGGAGCCACCUGGAGCAGCACGCCAGCCUCCGGCCCCACAAGUGCCAGCACUGCAGCUUCGCCUCCAAGAACAAGAAGGACCUGCGCAGACACACCCUGACGCACACCAACGAGAAGCCCUUCGCCUGCCACAUCUGCGGCCAGAGGUUCAACCGGAAGGGCCACCUCAAGUUCCACAUGCAGAGGCUGCACAGCUCCGAGGGAAGGCCGGCCCCCGAGCCCCUCCCGGCCACCUCCCAGACCAUCAUCCUGAACAGCCACGAGGAGACCCUGGCCACCCUGCAGACGGCCCUGCAGUGCGGGCCGGAGAGGCUCCCGCAGGCCCUGGAGCAGGAACACAUGAUCGUGACCCAGGAGGAGGACGGCCCCGACGAGGAGGAAGCCACCUACAUCCAGGAGAUCAUGGCCACGGCAGACGGGCAGAUGGUGCAGCACCUGGUGACCACCGAGAACCAGGUGCAGUACAUCAUAACCCAAGAGGGCGUCCAGCAGCUCCUGCCCCACGAGUACGUGGUGCUGCCCGAGGGCCACCACAUCCAGGUGCAGGAUGGCCAGAUCACCCACAUCCAGUACGAGGAGGGCAGCCCGUUUGUGCAGGAGCCCCAGAUCCAGUAUGUCCCAGUGUCCCCUGGGCAGCAGCUUGUCACGCAAGCUCAGCUGGAGGCGGCGGCAGCGACACACUCGGCCGUGACAGUUAUUGGGGGGUCUGGGAGCAGCAAGGAGGCCCCCCCAGAGCAGGAGCUUCUGCCUGUCCACCUGGGUCGACCUGCAGCCGGCUUGGGCAAAGGAAAGAACGCCGGUUGCCUCUUCUGCACAGCCGUGGCGGACGUGGCCGUGGCCCACGCUCCCUUCAGCACGGAGUCCGGGCCGGAGCAGCUGCAGCCGGGCAUCCACUACGACAUCAUCACCCUUGCAGAGUGACCGGACUUUGUGGCCCAAGGAGGCUGGUCACUUUCUUGGCACUUUGGGGCAGCCAAAGGACCAGCCUUCCCUCCGGAUUGUGCUUCCUGCAACCGGCCGGCUCCAGCCGCUGCUCGCACUCGCCCGCCCCGCAGGUCACCUGGCAGGCCAGGUGGGGCCCCUCUUCCCAGAGACCCCCUGGAAGAGGGACGCCCAGCCCCAGACUCCAGUCAGCAGCCUCGUCCGAGGACCGUCUGGUGGACACACUGCUGAAUAAAAAGGGCCCACCAGGUGUGGACAUUG